CAGCAGUAGCAGCAGCAGCAGCAGCAGCCGCCGACGGAGCGAGCCAUGGCGCGCUACGGAGCGGGGUCGUGGUCCCACAGCAGGCGCAGCGGAGCCGCCCUCACCACCCUCCUGCUGACAGACCUUGUGGCCAUCCUGUUCUGGAGAGGUUUCUGCUGCUCUGGUUGCAGAAGUGAAGGGUUACUCCAGCUGGAAGCUAGAAGGCAUUGCGAACUUCAUUCCAUUUGUGCCGCUCCAGAGCUCUGCUCCAGCAGGAGGAGAAACAGCUGAUUCAAAGAGUUUGCUUGCUAGAAUGUACACAAUCCUCUCGAAGGUGCACUCCGAUCAUACGGUGUACCCUUCCGCUGGAGUUCUGUUUGUCCACGUCUUGGAGAGGGAGUAUUUUAAAGGGGAGUUUCCUCCUUAUCCAAAGCCUGGCGAGAUGAACAAUGAUCCUAUAACUUUUAACACAAACCUAAUGGGUUACCCUGACAGACCUGGUUGGCUACGAUACAUCCAGAGAACACCCUACAGCGAUGGAGUGUUGUAUGGGUCACCGACAAUAGACAGUGUGGGAAGACCAUCUGUCAUUGAGAUCACUGCUUAUAACAGGCGCACCUUUGAGACGGCCAGACAUAAUUUGAUUAUUAAUAUAAUGGCAGCAGAAGAUUUUCCUUUACCAUAUCAAGCAGAGUUCUUCAUUAAAAAUAUGAAUGUAGAGGAAAUGUUGGCAAGUGAGGUUCUUGGAGACUUCCUUGGAGCGGUGAAAAACGUUUGGCAGCCGGAGAAACUGAAUGCCAUAAACAUCACCUCAGCUCUUGAUAGGGGAGGCAGAGUCCCACUUCCUAUUAAUAACAUGAAAGAAGGUGUCUAUGUUAUGGUUGGUGCAGAUGCUACAUUCUCCUCCUGCUUACGGGAAGUUGAAAACCCACAAAAUCAGCUGAGAUGCAGUCAAGAAAUGGAGCCUGUAAUAACCUGUGAUAAAAAGUUCCGUACCCAAUUUCAAAUAGACUGGUGUAAAAUCUCCUUGGUUGACAAAACACAGCACGUUUCCACCUAUCAAGAAGUGGUCCGCGGAGAAGGGAUCUUACCAGAUGGUGGCGAGUAUAAGCCACCUUCUGAAAGCCUGAAAAGCCGAGACUAUUAUUCAGACUUCCUCAUUACGUUGGCAGUGCCCUCCGCAAUAGCCCUGGUGCUUUUUCUAAUACUUGCUUAUAUUAUGUGCUGCCGAAGGGAAGGCGUGGAAAAGAGAAACAUGCAAACACCAGACAUCCAGUUGGUCCACCACAGUGCCAUUCAGAAAUCCACCAAAGAACUUCGGGAGAUGUCCAAAAACAGAGAGAUAGCAUGGCCUCUCUCAACGCUUCCUGUGUUUCACCCAGUCACUGGGGAGAUUGUGCCACCGGUUCACCCCGACAGCUAUGACAACACUAGCAUGCCACUGAUGCAAACACAGCAGAACCUGCCACAUCAGACUCAGAUUCCGCAGCAGCAAACGGAAGGAGAAUUUCGUAUGACGACAUUCCAAAGAUUAGAGGUAAAUGGUAUACCUGAGGAAAGAAAACUUACAGAGGCGAUUAAUUUGUAAUUAAAUAAAACAGCCAAUAUCAUCUUUUAUUUCCUUAUCUGCUUCAGUGAUGCUUGAGUUUUUCUGAUGGCGUAUGCAUGCCUUGUGUUAAAUAUUCCAGUGUCAGAUGGUAAUCCAUUUCCAUAUUACUAAAUUGACUGUAUUUUUUUGUACUUUGGACACUUUCAACAAAUUUAUAAAAUGGUAACUUUUAUAUUUGUUAUAUUUAAAAUAAACAAAUAUUAAACUA